ACCAUCGUCACCCUUGCUUUCGACUUCGACACUCUCCUUCAGCUUCAUCUAUCAGCUUCAAUUACUGUUCGAACGGCUGGUCCUUCGUAUUAUUUCACCUCAUCUAUAUCCCCAAAUUACCUAUUCAAAGAUGGAGGCACCAGCAUACACCGCGGGUCAGGUCUACGACAGCUUCGACAUAGACCUUGUCAUCAAAGUCAUGAACAACACUUUGCUCAGCCCGUUCUUUUGUUUCCUCAUCCCCGUUUUCUUCAUGUUCCAGGGAUAUACCACGAGUGACUUACCAGUGCUCGUACCUUUUGGCUGGGUGGGUGCCUUGGCCGCGUUCUGGGGAUUGAAAUGGUAUUCUCGACUAUACCGUAACCAGGGCAGUCUUUUGUUCGGUCCUGCAGCUUUGGACUGGGGUGAACAGAUCGUGGUUGUCACUGGUGGUUCCUCUGGCAUCGGAGAGUUGAUCGCGAACACUCUCGCCGUUCGUAAUGUCACAGUCGUCGUACUCGAUGUCAACCCAAUCGUUACCGAAAACUAUAACAUUGUCUACUACAAGUGUGACGUGUCAAAAUGGGAGGAGGUCGAGGCUGUGUCCAAAAAGAUUGUUGAGGAGCUUGGGCAUCCCACUGUGCUCAUAAACAAUGCGGGUGUCGUGCAAGGCAAACUUCUCAUUGACUUGUCUCCGGAAGACGUUCAACAGACCAUUGGCGUCAAUACCCUUGCCCACUUCUGGACUCUCAAGGCCUUCUUACCGGAGAUGAUCAAGAACAAAGCUGGUCACAUCAUCACCGUCAGCUCGGUGGCAGGGUUGGUAGGAAUGGCGCAAAUGACCGAUUACAAUGCUUCUAAAGCUGCUACCAUAUCGUUACACGAGUCGUUACGUUACGAACUAGACAAGCGCUACCUCGCCCCUGAAGUCCGGACGACGCUCCUCGUUCCGGGGCACAUCCAGACUCCUCUCUUCUCGACCACCCAUUUCCCUCAGAACUUCCUGUUCAAGUUCUUCGUACCUUCCUUACAACCCAUCACCAUCGCCAAAGCAGUGAUCGCUGCAUUGGACGAGCAACAUUCACGAACGAUCUACCUUCCGUUCUACGUGAAUUUUGUUCCCGUGCUGAGAUUGCUCCCGAGCUUCUUAAGGGAUUUCGCGCAAUGGUUGUCAUACGCAGACUACGCCAUGGAUGGUUUUGUCAAGGUAUCGGGGAGACGACAGGACGAAGGUCCUCUGGUCAAGCAAGAGAAGCAGACCUCGAAGGCGGAGUAGAUGUUCAAACGUUCAAUAGCUGUGAUCCAUUUACAUGUACGUGCUUGUUCGGGAUAUUGGGAGGCUAUGACACCAUCGCUGGCGAGGAUGCCAUAGUGGUUGCUUCUCCUAUGAUGCAGUGCAGAGCU